CCCCGGCCCGGGAUGGCAGAGGCCUUGAAUCAUUUAAAAAAAGACUACAGAGCAAGAUUCUGCCAUGGAGGAGGAAGUAAGAUUGAUGUACAGCCAGGUCAAAACGUACUGAAACUCAUACAGGAUUGUUUUGAAAGUUGCAGCAGUGAUCUUACAAUAAACUCUCCAAAUGCAACCCUUUGCUCAGCUCCUGUUGUCAAAAAUAGGAAGAGGACUUCAGUGCAGAGCCAAAGCCCAAAGGCAGGAUCAACCAACUCUGUGAAAAGAGCCUGUUAUUCUCCAGAAUCCUCACCUACAUCACUGCUAAAACCAGUCAGCAGCAGAGGACAGUCGUGUGAAUCACCCUUGAAGCCUGCAAUACAUGAUUAUGUAGAUGUUUCUAAAAAAACAGAGUCUCCUGUGUCUGAAAGCAAAAAAACUACAUUAGAUGUUGAAGCGCUGUGCCGAAGUCCUGCCGUGUUUUUGGACCCUGAGGAUGAUCACGGGUCUGUUGGAUCACCUUUUCCUUUGGAGAAAGGGAAAAGUUCUCCGGUAGUUAAAUUAUGUCUUGAUGGCUGGAAUACACCUGCUGCAGCAAAGAGCUGUGGAGAAGUUGAAAAUUUGGAAGGACCUCAGACUGGGAGAGAUGAGCAGGUUGUUCUUGUGCAAGGAACAGAACCUGUUGCUACAUCUUCUGUGCAGAAAGAGAAGACUUUCUCUUCAGCUCUCUUAGCAGCUGUAGCAACAGGAACACUUCGACAGAGAUAUUCAGCCUCGAUAUCACCUCCAUCACCUCCUCCUGUGAAAGAUCAGGAUAUGGAAAUCGAAAAUAAAUGUGAAUUUUUAAUUGAUGACUCAGGUGGUGCAUCAUUUCCUUCUUGGAUUUCAAUACCCAGUAAGAAAAGAAAAUCAAAAAAAGAUGGCUCUGCAACUCCUGUUUCUAAAUCUCAGCCCUCUGAAAGAAGAAAGACACAGAGUAAGAAAGGCAAGAACAGGAAAGCACAGAUUGAAGCACUUACUAAACAGAAACUGAAUAAUCUGGAUGCUGGAGCCUUUGACAUCAAAAGAACGUCGAAAUCGGAUCCAAUCUCUAACAGUGAAGGAAAUGUCCUUAAAUCUCAAAGCCAAAAGAGUACUCAUACAGGAAAGACUAAAAAGGACGCACUUAGACAAGACUCUCCAAACCAGAAAAAGAACACAUCCUGGAAACCAGAAGCUGAAGAACUGAUAUUGUCAUGGUCUGGAUGGGAAACAGAAACAUCUGAUGCAGAAAAAUGUAAAACAAGGGUGCUGCCAAGUGAAGAUUUGCCUAUGCCCUCAUCUGGGCAUCAACAAGAGCAGACUGUGUCUCCAAAAAAGUCUCUCAAGUCUUCCAAGAAUCUGCAGUCAGCUUCAAAAGCUUCUCAGCAUUUAGAUAAGAGGAAACAAACUGCUAAGCAGAAACUUCCUAAGGUUAAAGUAGCUAAGAAAGUGGCAUUAAGUUCAAGGAAGGAGCUUAAAAAAUCUGUCCAGAAAAGUAGUAGUAAAAAACCUCAGUUGCAAAGAGAGAAGAGUUCUGACAGUGAACCUAGUGAAGAAGAGCAUGAAAGAGAGCCUGUAGAUUUGAAAGAUGUGUGUACCACACCCUUGCGUCAGAAAUUAGAGACUCCCGUGAUUCAGAAAUUGGCUGUGUCUGAAAAGCCUAGAAAUGUGUUGCACACAUUGGAGUCACCUGGUGGUGCAAAUAACCAAUCUCCUGUGAAAGCACUACAGCAUCCCAUGGAGAGUGUGAAGAAUUCUGAAAAGAAGCAGUUGCCAGCCAAGUCUUCAGGGAAGAUACCCGGAAAGAUUCCUUGCAGAACCAAUAAAGCUGUUUACUCAAACCCUGAGGACACUGAGUCUCAAACAGAUUCUGACAGCUCUUCUGUACAGAACCUGACAAGGAAAAAACAGAAGUUAUCAGAUGUAAAAAUAAAAAAUAACAAAAGAAAACGUAACAGGCAACAUGGACCACAGCGACACUGGAGAGGCGAUCGUCCCCACCUGUCCUCUUCAGCAGAAUGGACGGCUGCGAGCUCGGUGGUAGCUGCGCGGGUCGACACGCUGGACAGGCGCCUAAAAGACUUUGUUAUAGAACACGGCCACCCCCUCGACAAAAAGUCAGCGAAGGCGCUCGCCAGGUGGCUCGAUCGCAAGAGCUAUAAGCUUGCCGAGGACACUAAUAUCGAAAAGUGGCAGGCUGUGGGCUGUGAUCUCUGGCGAGAUAGCGAUAAGGGGGACCGUUUAGCUAAAGAGGCGCUCAUCGCGUGGAGGCUUGUUCUGAUGGUGCUACAGCACCAGCCCGCCUUCGCGCCAGCCCCCCUAUGCCUCCGGUACGCCCACGGACCCUCCCACCAGAACGCCCUCUCCUUCCAGCGCUGCCUCUACCCCCACGUCAUCACCCUCCCGGGGUAG